AUCAGACACAGACAAAGCAACAGUAAAAGACAGAGAAUGAGAAGUGUUGUGAGAUGUGCUCGUGUGUAGUGUUUUCCAUUUGACCAAGACAAGAGUGUUGGCAGGUUAAGGCUACAACAUGAAUGUGUCUGAGGAGAGAGAGCACAGGGUCUCUUCCUCUGAAGUCACUCUGUCUGAUCCAUAUGAUAACAACACCAGAGCCGUGAACCCACUGAAGCAGGAGAGACCAGACUCCCCUGGACCUACCUGUGUGUCAGUAAGGAGUGACCGGUCAAUGUCUGAACCUAUUGAGUUUAAGAAUGAGGGGCCAAUUGUUGAGCCAAGAGUUCCACGAAAGAGGUCAGUGGUCAUCAAAGAGAGGCCUGCGAAGAAACAUCAACAAAAACUGGACUCAAUUUUCAAGCUUCUUCAGGAGAGCAUUGUGACAUUUGUGAAGAAGGAGUUGAAGAAGUUCAAGACAGUUCUAGAAAGUUCAGAACACUUGGAGGGCCUGAAAGAAGAGGAUGAAUCUCUGGAAGGUGAAGACGAAGAGCAGGGAAGCAGCAACACAGAUGCAUUUCUGACUCUCACACUCAACUUCCUGAGGAAGAUGGAUCAGGAGCAGCUGGCUGACUCUCUACAGAGCAAAAGUCGUAUUUCGGUUUGCCAAAUUAAACUGAAGUCUAAACUGAAGGAAAAGUUCCAGUGUUUAUUUGAAGGAAUUGCUCAAGCAGGAAACCCAACAUAUCUGAAUAGCAUCUUCACAGAACUCAACAUCACAGAGGAAGAUAGAGAGGUCAAUUAUCAACAUGAGGUCAGACAGAUAGAAGCUGCUUCCAGAAAAUCAACAAGUUGUGAAAGAACAAUUACACAUGAGGAUAUUUUUAAACCGUUACCUGGAAGAGAGGCACCAGUCAGAACUCUGGUGACAAAGGGAGUGGCUGGCAUCGGGAAAACCGUCUUUACACAGAAGUACAUCCUGGACUGGGCUGAAGACAAAGCCAACCACAAUAUACAGUUUAUCUUUCCAUUCACUUUCAGAGAGCUCAAUUUGCUGAAAGCAGAAAAAUACAGCUUGGUGGAACUGCUUCAUUAUGUCUUUACUGAAACCAAAGAAGCAGGAAUCUGCCGGUUUGAUGAGUUCCAGGUUGUGUUCAUCUUUGACGGCCUGGAUGAGUGUCGACUUCCCCUCGACUUCCAAAACAAUGAGAUACUCACUGAUGUUACAGAGUCCGCUUCAGUUGGAUUGCUACUGACAAACCUCAUUAGAGGUAAGUUGCUUCCCAAUGCUCGCCUCUGGAUAACCACACGACCUGCAGCAGUCAAUCAGCUCCCUCCUGAGUGUGUUGACAUGGUGACAGAGGUGAAAGGGUUUAGUGACCCACAAAAGGAGGAGUACUUCAAGAAGAGAUUCAGAGAUGAGGAGCACGCCGGAAAAAUCCUCUCCCACGUCGAGGCAUCAAGAAGCCUCCACAUCAUGUGCCACAUCCCGGUCUUUUGCUGGAUCACUGCCACAGUUCUGAACCAUGUCUUGAAAAACAGAAAAAGGGAAGAGCUGCCCGAGACCCUGACUGAGAUUUACAUCCACUUCCUUGUGGUCCAGACCAAACAGUGGAAUGUAAAGUAUCAUGCAAGUGCGGAAACAGAUCACGUCUGGACCAAAGAGACCAAGGAGACCAUUCUCACUCUGGGAAAACUGGCAUUUGAGCAGUUGGAAAAAGGAAACCUGAUCUUCUAUGAAGCAGAGCUAAAAGAGUGUGGCAUUGAUAUAAAAGCUGCGUCAGUCUUCUCAGGACUUUUUACAGAGAUCUUUCAAGAUGGCUUUGGGCUGAACCAGGACAAGAUGUUCUGUUUUGUCCAUCUGUCCGUUCAGGAGUUUUUCGCUGCACUCCAUGUCUUCCUGACAUUCAUCAACACUGGCACUGAUGUAAUGAAAAAAAAAAGGCCAUUCACCCUGGUGCUGAGUGUGCCAUUGCAACGUGAAUUUAACUUCACACAUCUCUACAAGACUGCAGUGGACAAGGCUUUAGAGAGUCCAAAUGGACACCUGGACUUGUUUGUCCGCUUUCUUCUGGGCCUUUCACUGGAAACCAAUCAGAAACUCAUACAAGGUUUGUUGAAAAGAAGGGAAGGUAAACAAGAAGUCAAAGAGUGGCUAGUGCAGUACAUCAAGAAGAAGAUCAAGGACAGUCUUCCAGAGAGGAGCAUGAAUCUCUUCCACUGUCUGAACGAGCUGAACGACAGUUCACUAGUGGAGGAUAUCCAGCAGUACCUGAAAUCCGGGAAUCUCUUUGGAAAGAAUCUCUCACCUUCACAGUGGUCAGUGCUGGUCUUCAUCCUUAUAUCAUCACAAAAGGAUCUCGACGUGCUUGACCUGAGGAAAUCAUUUACUUCUGAGAAGGAUUUUCAGAGGAUGCUGCCAGUUGUCAAAGCAUCCAAAGUCGCUAUGUUGAGUGGCUGUAACUUCUCGCCUAGAAUCUGUGAAUCUCUGGUCUCAGUUCUCACUUCCAAGAACUGUGCCCUGAGAAAGCUGGACCUGAGCAACAAUGACCUGCAGGAUGGAGGAGUUAUGCUGCUCUCAGCUGGACUGAAGAGUUCACACUGUAGACUAGAGAUUCUCGGGCUGUCAGGCUGCAUGGUCACAGAGAGAGGCUGUGAGAUUCUGGUUUCAGUUCUGAAGACUAACCCCUCCUAUCUGAGAGAGCUGGAUCUGAGCUACAACCACCCUGGAGACUCAGGAGUGGCCAAGCUACAUGCUGUACUGGAUGACCCAUGCUGUAAACUGAAAACUCUCAAGAUUGACCACUGUGGAGAGCUUCGGCUGAAACCUGCACCUCUUAGGUAUUUCUGUCAGCAUUCUCUGGACCCAAACACAGCUGAAAAAAAACUCUUCCUGUGUGACAACAACAGAAGAGCAAUGGUCGUGAAAGAGAAGCAGCCGUAUCCUGAUCAUCCAGAGAGAUUCAACAGCUGGAAACAGGUGCAUUGUAGUGAAGGUCUGACUGGGCGCUGUUACUGGGAGGUCCAGUGGAAAGGAAGGGUUCAUAUAGGAGUGACAUACAGGGGAAUCAACAGGAGGGGCGACCGCGAUGACUGCUGUAUUGGUUGGAACGAUCAGUCCUGGAGUCUGCUCUGCACUGAUCAGAGUUACACGGCAUGGCACAAUAACACACCUCAAGACACAGAAAAAACCCUCUGCGGCAAGAGGGUAGCUGUGUUUCUGGACUGGCCUGCUGGCACUUUGGCCUUCUACUGUCUCCCCUCCAUUUUCUCUUCAGACAAACGGCUCCACCUCUUCACCUUCCACGCAACCUUCUCUGAACCCCUCUACCCCGCAUUUGGGUUUGGACGAAUGCGUGAGGCUGCAGAGGACGUGAGAUUUCCACAACCCUCAGUGUAUCUGUCACAGAUUGAACAAUUGCCUCCUGUGUAGAACAGUAGUACCCAAACUGAGGAUCCUUAAGACAGUACCUUCGGAUGUACAUAUUGUGUCGAAAAGGUGACCUAUCUAAAUCUAAAAGCAGACUACCAAGGAGAACCUUGGCAGGUGGCAUGUUGUGGAUAUGAAACCGAAUGCAGCAAUGCUAAGUUAAAAAGCUAAAGAGACACAACUCCUAUUCUUAAGCUUAUAUAUAUGGUAAAAGAGAAGCCAAGGUAAUAUAAACUUCACAUAAACAUGUGUGCACACAAAUAGCAUUAAAACUGUUCAAACUGAAUUGACAAGAACAGUUAACUUGUCAAAAAAAUAUGUUUCAAAGUGAGACUUUGUAGAGCGGACCUGGUGGGUGUAAUUGGAAGGAUCAGUGAAGGUAGGGGGGUCCGGUUAUGGGUAGUUUCUUUCUUUGUAAAAAGAAAAGGGCUAUGAGGUAUUUCUCUCCCAAUGUAUUUAAAUGAUGGCAAUCGUCUGACUAGCUGGCCUUACAUACUUAGGAAAUGGAAAAGAGCUGGUUGUGAUUAAGAGCGCUAAAUGGAAAACAGAAUCAGUGCAUGAUGUCAUGUAUAUACUGCAAUUUGUAUUUAAAGUAUUUUAACUUUUUUUUUUAAACCUUUUUGCAUUCUCAAUUUUAAUUUCAAUAUUGAUGUAGAAAUCUGCACAGCAACUACAAGCUAAAACCUUCAUUUAAAUUCAGUUGCAUCAGAACUCUUCCAUGAUUGUAUAUAUGAUAUCAAUAUGUGUUUUUUAUUUUUUAAACUAGAUUUUCCCUGUAACCAUUUGCGAGGUAAUAUAGACCAUAAAGGCCAAUAGGGAGCAGGGUGAGCCUAACUUCGUUGAAGAUUCAAAGGAGUCAAAGUAUUUUUAUGUAGAAAGAGAAUAGUUAUUAUUGUUAUUCUCCUCUUGUGUGGAAUUAGUUUUCAGAAAAUUAAUUUCAUGGUUUACUGUCAUCUCUAUUUACAUGUAUGUAGUUAUAACUUCAAAAUAUAAAAUAGGUGUUGAGUAUAGCAUUAAAGAUGCAACAGGGGAAGGAUAUACUUGCUGUACAUCCAGAAAUUAGGAUUUUAAGCAAUGUGUUCAUGUAAAUAUGCUGCCAGGCAGAUGUGCAGUUAGAAAGGCCAAUCUUCAGGGCAAACAUUUAAAAUGAUCCCAGCUUACUAUUUAAAUGCUUACAUUUUGCACACUACUGAUAUGCACCAAAACACCACAUAGUAUGUUCAUACCUACUUGGCAGUACAUCUAAUUUAAUGAUUAUUGUAAUACCAAUACACUUUAAAAUCCUGUGUGUCUGAAUGGUCAUGUUUAUUACACAGCUCUGGGAAAUGAUGACUGUGUUGACAGAAAUCAGAACAUAACGAAUUACCUGUCUUUCAGUGAAAACGGCUCUAACACACCCCUUACUCCAGUUACAUCUCUGAGCAGCACUCCCUGGUGUCAUUUUAAUUAAUACUGCUGUGCAUUUCCCCUGAGGAGCAAUACAGCUUUAUCUUAAUCAGUUAUAAGCUGUAAUAAUAAGUCAUAAUUUACUGGUCGAUUACAUUCUGUAUUCAGCAAGUGAUCAAAAUGUUUUAAAAUAAAAACAAUAGAAUACGGGUAAGUAUAGUCAAGUUAGUACUCAUAGUAUUUACCUCUGAUGUGUAAUGGAUAUGAUGUAUAAAAUAGUAGAAACUGGAAAAACAAGUACAAAUUGAGUAAAUGUACUUAGUUUAUUUCAAUUAUUGAAAGGUACCAAAACCAGAUUUACAAUAUUCUAAUUGGUUGUUCUUCAAGAUCUCUUUUCCUCACUCAUGUAGUGGCAAUCAACAUUUACUCAAGUAGUAACUGUUAAAAAAAUUAAGAAAUAUUAAGCUACCCAGAAAUAUAUAGAAGAUAUGAAUAAGCCCCACCUCUACCUGCAGCGACAUUACGGGUAUGCUUAAGAGAUAAAUUACAAGUUGAUUUCUUGUUAUAAAGUGAUGAUACAUUAUAUGGGAUUCUGAAAUUGACUAUUCUGCAUACUAAAAACUUUUUACCUGCUAAUUAAACUACAUUUUGAUGCCUUUGAA